AAACAGUGGAAACGGUACGGAAAAAACAUAUAUUUUAGAACUCUUGGGACAUAAUUGGGUUUGCUUUUAUGGUUUGAUAUACUCAGGAUUACAUUCGCUUAAGGUUUGUGAUCUUGAAUGAGUAGCAAGGACCGUAAAUCGCAGCUAUGCAGACCAUCAAGUGUGUUGUAGUUGGGGACGGUGCUGUGGGUAAAACCUGCCUGCUCAUCUCCUACACCACAAACAAAUUUCCAUCUGAAUAUGUACCUACGGUAUUUGAUAACUAUGCUGUAACUGUAAUGAUUGGAGGAGAGCCUUACACCCUGGGCUUGUUUGACACAGCAGGUCAGGAAGACUACGACAGGUUACGGCCUCUGAGUUAUCCACAAACAGAUGUCUUUCUCGUCUGUUUCUCUGUCGUGUCCCCCUCCUCCUUUGAAAACGUCAAAGAAAAGUGGGUUCCAGAGAUCACCCACCACUGUCCAAAGACCCCCUUCCUUUUAGUCGGGACUCAGAUUGACUUGCGAGACGAUCCUUCAACUAUAGAGAAGCUGGCCAAGAACAAGCAAAAGCCCAUCACUCCGGAGACAGCAGAGAAGCUGGGGAGAGACCUUAAGGCUGUGAAAUAUGUGGAGUGCUCAGCCCUCACACAGAAAGGCCUAAAGAAUGUGUUUGAUGAGGCGAUAUUGGCUGCAUUGGAGCCCCCAGAGCCCAAGAAGAAACGCAAAUGUGUGCUGCUAUGAGUCGCUCCUACCUUUUUCAAAGCACACACAGACACAAACACGACAUAUUCACACAUUUUAAAUACAUAACUCUUUACAUAUGAACAUAAACAUAGAUCCCCACAUCCAUUUCCUUUGCUCUGCUAAGGCUGGUUGACAACAUUGUCCUUCACAGACCGGACUAGAAAGAAAACUACAGACCAAGUUUUAGAUAAAUGUCUGCAAUAAUAAGAAGCUUCACCCUCAAGUCUGAGUUUUGGACAGAAGAACUACGAUACCAAGCUGCUGUGGGCUUCUAACAGGGCGGCAACAUCAUCAGUGAUAUUGAUUAUCCAAGCUUACAUACAAGUAGAAUUCAUUCUGUCGAGCUUUUGAUAGAUUGAUUUUGAUUCAGUCAGUGUAGUGGCCUAAUUAACUUUGAAUGCCCUGCCAUUUAGUUGUCUUCAGCCAAUGGGAAAAGUUUCAUAGAUAUCAGCCCUGCCACAACGUGUCUGAGUUGCCUGACUGGUGGCUGCUUAUGCUGCUGGUCGCCCGAUCCCCCACACUCAUUCUCAGCACUACCAGAAGAAAUGCUAACAAUGUAGUGUUGUUCUGUUUUUGUUUGCCAACUCCCCCUUUUCUUCUCAACCACAUGACAAGCCUGAGAUGUUUAUUCCAAGUUCCAGAUAGUCGCACUCUUAACCACUAAGGAAACUGUGGAGGUCUGACCACAUCGAAAUCCUGGGCUAAAACUCCACAGAGCUUUUAAUAUUGGGAGAAAUGAACUAAGUAAAGAUUGCCAUUUAGUGUAUACUACUCUUGGUGUGGACCUUCACAGUGCAGAGCCACAGUCCACUUGGAAUGUGGUUAUCACUUGAAGAGCUUAAGGCAUCCAGUAGUUUGGGUCUGCUAGUCGACCACAGGAAUUGGCCUUUUAGAUGCAGGGAACUAAACAGUGUUAGCAGAACAAGCAGUGUGUUCUUUCUGCGUUGUCCGGGACCAAGGGAGGGUGAAGCAAGAAACUCAACCAUGACAACACCUUACACUUAGAGCGGGCACAGCAGAGGCAUUUGGUAAAACUUAUGUUCCUAGGUAUGCACUUGCAGCCAAGCCUGAAGAUCCUUAUUUAGACAGCGGAUCAGUGAACAUGAAUUACCACCAGAAUUCUGUGCCAGGUCAGAAUUUGGUGCCUUCCUGUAGUUUGUUGCAUGUGCAGUGUGAAGGGCUGUCAGCUCUCCUGUACCCGCUCAGAUUGUAAAGUGCUGUGAGUAGCUGAGCCUUGGUCUCUGUUCUAAGUAUGUUUAACAGAUGUAAUUAUAAUGUAAGCUGGAACACAAUGUUGAUGUAGGCUCCAGGUGUUUUUACCAAAAUCUUUUUUUUCUUCAUUAUUUCUGUUUGUGUUUUUUUUUUUUUUUUUUUUUAUAUAUAAAUAUAUAAAAAAAAGGUUUCUUUCACUCCUUUUGCAUUUAGGAGUCGGAACUCAUCUGAACUCUUACCUGCCAGUUCAUACCCAGACAACCUCUGAUUGGUUUAGUUUAAUAAAAAUACAUAAAAUGGCAGAAUACUGUUUGUUAAAGAUAACUUGAUUGAUAGAUUUUUUUUUCUUAACUGGUGGAUUAGAGUUGGGUUGAUGUCCAGCUCAAGUCAGUAUAAUUAUUAUAACCUGUUGUUGUUUUGGUGCAAAACCAAAUGCUUUGUCUAAAGUCUUUGUUCUUUGUAUAUGCAUUCUUUUCAAAAAUAUUAAACUUAUACCUUAAUUGCCUUUA